AUGGAAACUGUUCAAUCUAUAAUUACAGAAUGGACUGACCCAAAAAGUUGGGAAAAAUUGGUUCAACAUAGUUUUAAAGAUUCAAAUUGGAAAGAAUUAAUUGAUCCAGUUAAUUAUAAAUUUAAUUUUGGUGUUACACCAUUUUCACAAUUUCAAAUAAUUCCAAUUGUUUUAGUUAUUUAUUUAGUUACAAUUUUUUCAAUUAAAUUUUUAAUGAAAAAUAGAAAACCAUUUUCUUUAAAAUUCAUUUCAAUUUUACAUAAUGCAAUUUUAUGUAUUUGGUCAUUAAUUAUGUGUGUUGGUGUUUUAUAUGAAAUUAUUAAAAGAGUUUCAAAUGAAGGACCAUUAUUCACAGUUUGUGAAGAUCCAAACGGUGGAUUUGAUAAAGGUGUAACCUAUUAUUGGUCCUAUAUAUUUUAUAUUAGUAAAUUUUAUGAACUUUUAGAUACAGUUAUUAUAGUAUUGAAAAAGAAACCAUUGAUUUUCUUACACGUCUAUCAUCAUUGUAAAACAGUUUGGUGGAAAAAAUAUAUUACAAUGAUUCAAAUCCUUCAAUUCGUUUGUCUUGGUAUCGCUGGUGUACUUCAUGUUUAUACUAUUAAUACUAUUGGUUGUUUCACUCAUUAUCCUGCUUUUGCUGCUGCCUAUUCAAUUAACUUUUCUUUCCUUUUCUUAUUCUCUAAAUUCUUUGUUAAAUCUUAUACACCAAAAAAUUCUAAUAGUAAUACUAAUAUUAAAUCAAAGAAAAUUGAUUAA